CGGAAAGGUUGACAGUUCUCCCGUAUUUUCGAGUCCCAAACCUAUUUUUUAGUUGCAUUACAAUGCUUAUUAAACUAAUUCUGGUGUUGGUAAUUGGAUAUGGUGGUCUUUUCGCGCCCGGUUGCGCACAAAAUUUAUUGGAUCGUCUGCGCCCGGUGAACAUGACCCGAAUGGAUGACGGAAUCAAAGUGGUUUCCGGCACCAAAGUCAAGCGGUACGAACGGUUGACGGUGCCGCUGGGAGGUCCUGCAGGGAUACCUGGGGCUGCUGGACUGCUUGGACCACUUCUACCGCCACAACCGGCUUAUUUGGGAUACACCUAUCAGUUAGUACCUCAGUGGCAAGCUGGAGCCAAGUUAAUGGGCGAUGGUGAGGCGGCGGGAGUAGCAGGAAUGAUAUCUUUCCAGCAGCUGCCCUAUAGUUCGGACAUCAAGGUAACCAUUAAUGUGACAGGAUUGCCUCCUGGAAAACAUGCCCUGCACAUCCAUACCUUCGGAGAUGUAAGUGAUGGAUGCAAAUCCACAGGAGGACAGUUUCCCAAUAAUUUUCUUGGAAAUGUGGAUACCAAGGACGAUGGCAGUAUUUCUGCCGUUUUUCAAAGCAUAUAUUUACAGUUGUUUGGCUUCAAUGGCAUUGUGGGCCGGUCCAUAGUGAUCCACAGCAAGGCCAUUGACCUGAACACGGCCUUAAAUGCGGAGGUGUUUUCGUCCUCUUUGCAGCCCAUGCCCAAUGCCUUGGCCUACCAGAAUGAGGAGAACUCCCUAGGGCCCUCGAUUGCCUGCGGAGUGAUAAGUCUGAUGAGCACGGCAGCCAGUGCUGGUGGCAUGGCUACUUCCCCACCAGCUGCUGCAACUCCGGAGGCCUAA